ACAUCUGAAGCUGCUAACACAGAUUUCCUGGUUUUAUCUUCCCACACGCCUCUCCUGCUACUACGUCUCACGCAACAGGCUCCAACACCAAUGUGGAGUCUACGCUGAGGAAGACUACCACCUGUAACUGUGCCUGUCUGCUCCCACACUUUGACGCCGACGCCGAGGAUGAAGAAGCAAAACGUCCGGACCCUGUCGCUCAUCCUCUGCAUGUUCUCCUACUUGCUGGUCGGCGCCGCGGUGUUUGACGCGCUGGAGUCCGAGACGGAGAGCUCCCGCAGGCGCAUCUUGGAGCAGAAGCGCAGCGAGAUGAAGAAGAAGUACCGCUUCUCCGAGGACGACUACCGCGAAAUCGAGCGAGUGGUGCUGCAAGCUGAGCCCCAUCGCGCCGGGAGACAGUGGAAAUUUGCUGGCUCUUUCUACUUUGCCAUCACAGUCAUCACCACCAUUGGUUAUGGACAUGCAGCACCAGGCACAGACGCAGGAAAGGUCUUCUGCAUGUUCUACGCUGUGCUGGGAAUCCCUCUCACCCUGGUCAUGUUCCAGAGCCUGGGUGAAAGGAUGAACACAUUUGUGCGCUAUCUCCUACACAAAGCGAAGCAGUGUCUGGGCUGUCGACGCACUGAGGUGUCCAUGGAGAACAUGGUCCUGGUGGGCUUCCUGUCCUGCAUUGGGACACUGUGCGUCGGGGCCACAGCCUUCGCUCACUUCGAGGGAUGGAGCUUCUUCCACGCAUACUACUACUGCUUCAUCACGCUCACCACCAUCGGCUUCGGGGACUUUGUGGCCCUGCAGAAAAAGGAGGACCUCCAGGAGAAAACGCCCUACGUGGCGUUCAGCUUCAUGUAUAUCCUGGUGGGGCUGACCGUCAUCGGGGCCUUCCUGAACCUGGUGGUGCUUCGCUUCCUCACCAUGAACACUGAGGAUGAGAGGAGGGAUGCUCAAGAGAGGGCGUCACUGAAGAGGGACAGAGGCCUUUUGGAUGGGACUGUGGGCCUCCAUGGUGUGGGGGACCAGAGCAGAGGCAGCCACAGGGACAGGAACAGGAGCAACGCGGUGCACAGUCGCAGCCACAGUACGCUCUUCCUCCCGAUGGAGGAAGGAACCAGCCGCACCAACCUCAUCGCUUCCCCGGCGGAGGAUCAGGAGAGACGAGAAAGCCCCUGCAGACACAGGCUGCAUUUUCAGAUCAAGGCGGGCAGACGCAGGCCGGACUCGAGCCUCAGCUCCCUCUGCUCCUGUGUGUGCUACCGUCUGGGGAUCUGUGAUAGCCCUCUUAUGUCCCACAGUGAACACCACGGCUGCCAUAUCAACUCUGUAUACUACAACUCAGUCUCCUAUAAGAUCCAGAGCUGCUCACCGGGUUCCAGGGACAACACUGGACUCUCCUCCCCAGGAAGCACGCUCUCUCCUGGGCAAAGCUUCCGGGAAUUCCCUCGGUCGAGGAGAAAGUCAGUGUAAGGAGCAAUAUAGUGAAGGAGAGUGUUUGCACAGACUGUAGACGGUAUUUUCAGUGACACUGUAUUUUGUGUUACACCUUUUUUGUGCAUGUCAGAAGACACUGAUUCUGCUAAACGAAUAAGUUGUCUGUUGUGGCUAUUGAAGAUCAUUUUAUUUGUUAAAGGUCCAGUGUGUAGGAUUUAGGGGGAUAUACUGGCAGACAUGGAAUAUGAUAAGUAUGUUUCCUUUAGUGUAUAAUCACUUGAAAAUAUUAAUUAACGUGCUUUUGUUACCUUAGAAUGAGCUGUUUACAUCUACAUAGGUUGUAGACCAUCAUCCAUUUUUUGCCAUGUUUCUACAGUAGCCUAGAAUGCACAAACCAAACACUGGCUCUAGAUAGGGACAUUAGCGUUUAUUGCAUUUUCACAUUUUUUCACGAGUGUUGAAAAAACACUAACUUUUUUUAAUUUUUGGUUUGUUUGUUUUUGGGACACCGUGUCAAGUUCUGCCUGUUACAUGCAUUGUCUUCCUUCAAAA